UUUUAGUCCACGUAGAAAACAUUGAAGAUGGCGGUUCACGAAUCGUUCCAUCUUCAUGUAACAACAGACAAGUUUUAUAUCCAGCCUGUAGAUUCUGGGAUUGAUGAACUGUUAGUCAUUGAUAGAGUGUCACAAGAAAUCAGCCUCCAAGCAAACAAAGGACAGUUGCCCGAGUCCAGUGUAACCAAGAUUAUCUAUGGAAUAUUUGGAAUGAUCAGGCUCAUAGCAGGUCCAUACCUAAUUGUUAUCACAAAGAGGGAGAAGAUUGGUGAUAUUGAUGGUCGUACUGUUUGGAAAGUUGUCAGCACAGAAGUCUUGUCGUUCAAAAGGACCCUGCUACAUCUUACAGAGCAACAGAAUGCUCACAAUAAAACCUAUCUAAGCAUGCUUGACAAUGCCCUGAAGAUGGAGAGUUACUACUACAGCACUAACUAUGAUCUGACCCACAGCUUCCAGAGACUUUACAACACCAGUCCCGACUUCCACUCAAUGUCACUCCUAGAGAGGGCAGAUCCUAGAUUUACCUGGAAUGGACACCUGUUGAGGGAACUCUCCCAGCAGUCAGAGCUUGGUCGGUAUUGUCUGCCCAUUGUACAUGGAUUCAUAGAAUGUCAGUCGUGUACAAUCAACAACAAGAGCUUUGACUACAUCCUGGUUUCCCGGCGCUCCGUGUACCGGGCUGGUACCAGGUUCUAUGUCCGAGGCAUCGACACUGAGGGACAGGUGGCCAACUUUGUGGAAACAGAACAGAUUGUGCAGUACGAGGGCAAUAAGUGCUCCUAUGUUCAGGUCAGAGGCUCCAUUCCCCUGUUCUGGACUCAGAGACCCAAUCUACAAUACAAGCCUAAGUUUAAAAUGAACACAUCUAGUCAUAUAGAGGUCUUUAAAAGACAUUUUGAUGAUUUAGUGUACAAUUAUGGUGAUCAAGUGUUAAUUAAUUUGAUUAACCAUACAGGUGGAGAAGGGCAGCUAGAAAAGGCAUUUUCUCAAUCAGUGACCAACACACAAAAUCCGAAAAUUAGAUAUGAAUAUUUUGACUUCCACCAUGAGUGUCGAAAAAUGAGAUGGGAUCGGCUAUCAUUGCUGACAGAUAGACUUGGAGAGGAUGUCAAGAGAUUUGGAUAUUUUGCCAUAUCAAAGGAUGGGAAUGUUCUAAGUCAGCAAGAAGGGGUGUUCAGAACAAACUGUAUAGAUUGUUUGGACCGUACCAAUGUUGUGCAGGGGUUACUUGCCAGGAUCAUCCUAGAAACACAGCUAACUCGUCUGGGUGUGUUAGAAGCAAGUCAAAGAAUAACAGACAUGAAAACCUUCAUAUCUAAGUUCAAUAACAUCUGGGCAGACAAUGCGGAUGCAGUGUCCAAGCAAUAUGCAGGAACAGGUGCUCUUAAAACAGAUUUCACCCGGCAGGGAAAACGCACCAAGAUGGGGCUUGUCAUGGAUGGUUGGAACUCGCUGAUUAGAUAUUUUAAGAAUAAUUUUGGGGAUGGGUUCCGACAGGAUGCUAUUGAUUUGAUCUUGGGUAACUACACCGUGGAAGAAAAUGAAGGAAUUUCCAGGCCCUCUCCUCUGCAGGCAGAAAGAGAUUGGAAGUUUUAUGCAGUACCUGUGAUAUUUGUUAUUGCCAUGGGGAUGUGCUUAAUCAGCAUAUUGUUGCCAGAUGAGUCGUGGAGUGAACAGUUCAUGUACAUUUUAUUCUGGGGCACUGCCAGCGUUGUGUCUCUAGCAGUGAUCUACAUCUAUGGGAGUGAAUUUGUGGACCAACCCAAACUUGUCCAUACCCAUGCCAGGGUUAAUGGUGCUGUCAUGUAUGACACCCCCAAAACAGCCUGAGAGUGUGUUUGUCUGUAUACAGCCUCAUUCCAUAUGACAGAAGACAGAACUAUUCUUAAAUUCAAUGGAAAGAAGAAAAAUUUGAUUUGCUUUUAAUAUUGCCCUUUAAGAUGGAUCUUCCUUGUUUAUAUGAAUGG